UCGUGUCUGAAUUGUGCGCAGGUCGACAUCGCAGAGUUGGUGAACAGAGUGGAUCAGAGUCGCUUUUGAGGGAGUGGUGAGCGCGUCGCACAGCUGUCCAGAGGAGAGCAGCGGAGCCUGGAACCGUCUGACCCGAGAAGGUGUGUCGUGUCCUCCGGUUCUGCUCCUAUCAGGAUGCAGCUCUCAGUUGGACUGAGUCUCUGCCUGCUGGGCUUCAUUCUCAUCUCAGUUUGCCCUCAGACGGUGCAUGGCCAAGUUUCAUCACCACGGAGGUUUCGUGCCAAAGUGCUAAGCCCCACCAAGCUGCAUGUGUCUUGGAAAGAACCAAAAGGAGAGUUUGAAAGCUACAAGGUCCUUUACAGCACAUCACCAGGUGAAGUGCAGAGGGUGGCUGAGGUAUCGAAGCAGGACGCGAAACUGAUCAUCGAAGACUUUGACUUGUCGAAAGAAUACAACUUUAAGAUCAUUGCGAUCAGAGGGGGGAAGGAGAGCAAACCUCUUCAGGCCAAACAUGAAGCUCAGCAAUCAGCUGCAGAAACAACUCAAUCCCAAAAGAGACAAAGCAGCAGUGGCACCGAGGAAACCAACGAGAUCUCAGAAGAGGGCUUCAUGUGUAAGACUCCAGCCAUCGCCGACAUCGUGAUCCUGGUGGACGGCUCCUGGAGUAUUGGCCGCAUCAACUUCAGGCUGGUGAGGACCUUCCUGGAAAAUUUGGUCCGGGCCUUCAGCGUGGAGUUCGACAAGACCAGAAUUGGCUUGGCUCAGUACAGCGGAGACCCCCGCAUCGAGUGGCAUCUGAACGCUCACACCACCAAAGAGUCCGUGAUCGACGCUGUGAAAAACCUGCCGUAUAAAGGAGGAAACACGCUGACGGGUUUGGCUCUGACCUUCAUCUUGGAGAACAGUUUCAAACCAGAGUCUGGAUCAAGACCCGGCGUUCCCAAAAUCGGUAUCCUCAUCACCGACGGGAAGUCCCAGGAUGACGUGAUCCCUCCUGCACAGAGCCUGAAGGAUGCUGGGAUUGAACUAUUUGCCAUUGGUGUGAAAAACGCUGACGAGAAUGAGCUGAAGGCCAUCGCCUCUCCUCCGGAGGAAACUCACGUCUACAAUGUGGCAGACUUCAGCGUGAUGAGCGACAUCGUGGAAGGACUCACCAAGACGGUGUGCGACCGUGUGGAUCAGCUCGACAAGCAGAUCAAAGGUAAUGGAGAACCUGCCCCACCGCCGGCAUCUGUGGCUCCACCUCGUGACCUCGUAACAUCGGCGAUCACAGCUCGCAGUUUCCGGGUGUCGUGGACUCGCGCUCCGGGUCAGGUGGAGAAAUACCGAGUGGUGUACUAUCCCGCUAGUGGAGGACAGCCUGAGGAAAAGGUGGUCCAGGGGACAGAGAACAGUGUGGAGCUCAACUACCUGAAUUCUCUGACAGAGUACCAGGUGGCUGUUUUCGCCAUUUAUCGAAGCUCCGCCAGUGAGGGUCUGAGAGGCAGCGCCACCACAUUGGCCCUGCCAAUGGUCAAUGACCUGGAGCUGUUUGAUAUCACGCAUAGCACGAUGAGGGUCCGCUGGAAGAUCGCCGCCGGGGCUUCUGGGUACAUGAUCCUGUAUGCCCCGCUGACGGAGGGAGAAUCUGCAGACGAAAAGGAGGUGAAGGUGUCGGACUCGGUGAAUGAGGUGGAGCUGGAGGGUUUAACUCCAGCCACCGAGUACACGGUGACGGUUUACGCCAUGUAUGGAGAGGAGGCCAGCGACCCCAUGACCAGCCAGCAGACCACAUUACCACUGAUCCCUGCAAGGAACCUUCGUUUCUCAGACGUGGACCACAGUUCGGCCCGGCUCACAUGGGACUCGGCCUCCAGGAAGGUCAAAGGCUACAGAGUGAUGUACGUGAAGACCAAAGGAGUCCAGACCAAUGAGGUGGAUGUUGGCAGCGUGACAACCUGGUUGCUAAGGAACCUGACCUCCCUGACUGAGUACACAGUUGGUGUCUUUGCCAUCUACGAUGAAGGACAAGCCGAGGCCGUGACCGACAGCUUCACUACCAAGACCGUUCCAGACCCAGUGGAUCUGAAGAGCAGGGACAUCUCUACAGAAAGCUUCAGGGUGUCAUGGACACACCCGGCAAUGGACGUGGUGCUGUACAGGCUCAUCUGGACGCCCACCGAUGGAGGAGACAGUGAGGAGGUUCUACUAAAUGGGAAUAUCAACACCUAUGUGAUAACAGGAUUGAACCCCUCUACAGAGUACGAAGUCCUUCUGGCCGCCAUCUACGCCAACGAGGUCGAGAGCGACGAGGUGAUCCUGGUUGAAUCGACUGUUGAAAGAACAACCACCAUCGCUACAACCACCAAGACCACAGCAGCUCCUCGUUUCGGAGUGAGGAAUAUGAGGGUCGAUGAGGAAACCACCUUCAGUCUGCGGGUCUCCUGGCAGCCUGUCGACUACAGAAACGUCCGACAUUAUCGACUGAGCUACAUCAGCGCUAAGGGAGAUCGAGCAGAGGAGACGAGGACGGUGCCCACUGGUCAGAACAGCCUGGUCCUGCAGCCACUGCUGUCAGAUACAGAGUACAAAGUGGCCAUCACUCCUGUUUAUGCUGAUGGAGACGGACCAACGGCCGCACAAAUGGGACGAACACUUCCUCUUUCAGCUCCUAAGAACCUGCGAGUCUCAGAGGAAUGGUAUAACCGCUUCAGGAUCAGCUGGGAUGUUCCACCUUCGCCCACCAUGGGAUACAGAGUUGUCUACCAGCCUCUGUCAGCUCCUGGACGCGCUCUGGAGACCUUUGUGGGAGAGGACGUGAACACCAUGCUGAUCGUCAACCUGCUGAGCGGAACGGAUUACAGCGUCAAGGUGAUCGCGUCCUACACCACCGGAUCCAGCGAGGCCCUGACAGGGAGGGCCAAGACCUUGUACCUGGGGGUGACCAACCUAAGCACCUAUCAGGUGAAGAUGAACAGUUUGUGCACCCAGUGGCAGCCUCACCGACACGCCAAUGCCUACAGAGUGGUCCUUGAGUCGCUGGUUGGUAGUCAAAAGCAGGAGACGAAGCUGAGUGGAGGAUCCAGCAGACACUGUUUCAACAGCCUGAAGGCCAACACUCAAUAUAAGAUCAGUGUUUACACUCAGCUGCAGGACGGAACCGAAGGGCCUGCAGUCACUGCCACCGAGAAGACCUUACCCGUCCCAACCCCGGCUCCCACCAAACCCCCCACCACCACCCCGCUACCCACAAUCCCACCUGCCAAGGAAGUUUGUAAAGCAGCCAAAGCAGACCUGGUCUUCCUGGUCGACGGUUCCUGGAGCAUCGGCGACGAUAACUUCCUGAAGAUCAUCCGAUUCCUCUACAGCACCACUGGAGCUCUGGACCAGAUCGGCCCGGAUGGCACUCAGGUGGCGAUCGUCCAGUUCAGCGACGACGCCCGGACUGAGUUCAAGCUGAACUCGUACAGCGACAAGGAGCGACUGCUGGACGCCAUCAACAAGAUCACCUACAAGGGAGGAAACACCAAGACAGGUCGAGCCAUCCAGCACGUGAAGGAGAACAUCUUUAUAGCCGAGGCAGGACUCCGGAAAGGAAUCCCCAACGUCCUGGUGGUUCUCACCGACGGUCGAUCGCAGGAUGACGUCAACAAAGUUUCCAAAGAGAUGCAGAUGGCAGGUUACAUUGUGUUCGCCAUCGGUUUUGCUGAUGCCGACUAUGGAGAGCUGGUGAGCAUCGCCAGCAAACCCAGUGACAGACACGUCUUUUUUGUGGACGAUCUGGAUGCCUUUAAGAAGAUCGAAGAGAAGCUGGUGACCUUCGUGUGCGAAGCCGCCACCGCUACUUGUCCAUCUGUACCGAUGAGCGGCAGCACAACUCCAGGCUUUCGUAUGAUGGAGCUGUUUGGCCUUGUUGAGAACCAGUACAGCAGCGUCUCCGGUGUUUCCAUGGUCCCUGGCACCUUUAACGCUUUCCCCUGUUUCCACCUGCACAGUAAUGCCCUGUUGGCACAACCGACCAGGUACAUCCAUCCUGAGGGGCUGCCCUCCGACUACACCGUCACCCUACUGUUCAGACUGCUGGCCGACACCCCUGAGGAGCCCUUUGCUCUCUGGGAAAUCCUCAACAAGAACAACGAGCCGCUGGUGGGAGUCAUCGUGGACAAUGGAGGAAAAACUCUGACGUUCUUUAAUAAUGACUACAAAGGAGAUUUUCAGACGGUCACAUUCGAAGGGCCAGAAGUCAAAAAACUCUUCUACGGCAGCUUCCAUAAGCUUCACAUCGCAAUCAGCAAGACAAGCGCCAAAGUGUUCAUCGACUGCAAGAUGGUGGCCGAGAAGAACAUUAACGCGGCGGGAAACAUUACCACUGACGGAAUGGAAGUUCUGGGCAGGAUGGUUCGUUCCAGAGGGAACAAGGACAACUCAGCACCAUUCCAGCUACAGAACUUUGAUAUCGUCUGCAGCACUUCAUGGGCCAACAGAGACAAGUGCUGUGAACUUCCUGGUCUAAGAAAGGAGGUCGACUGUCCGGCCUUGCCCAAAGCCUGCACCUGUACCCAGGACAGCAAAGGCCCCCCAGGCCCUGCUGGAGUGCCAGGAGGCCCAGGAAUCAGAGGAGCCAGAGGUGAUCGCGGAGAGCCGGGCCCCGUGGGGCCUACUGGUCCUGCUGGGGAAACGGGUGUACCAGGACCUCAGGGGCCGCCGGGGCCACAAGGACCCAGUGGACGCUCCAUCAUUGGACCCCCAGGCUCUCCAGGUGAGAGGGGGCAGAAAGGUGAGACUGGACAGCAAGGAUCGCAAGGAAUUCCUGGUCGAGCUGGAGCUCCAGGGAGGGAAGGACCUCCAGGACCCAGAGGACUGCCAGGCAAAGACGGACCCCCAGGCAGACAAGGACCUUCAGGAACUAUUGGGACUCCAGGAGCCCCAGGAGCCCCUGGAACAACAGGACCUCCAGGAAAGCAGGGAGAACUGGGACCACCGGGUCUUCCUGGAACCAAGGGGGAGAAAGGUGAAAGGGGUGACCUCCAGUCAACAGCGUCAGUUCAGGCCAUCGCCAGGCAGGUCUGUGAGCAGCUGAUCCAAAGCCACAUGGCACGCUACAACUCCAUCUUGAACCAAGUACCCAGCCCGCCAGUAUCCAUCCGCACAGUUCCUGGACCUCCCGGAGAGCCCGGCCGACAGGGAUCACCAGGCACUCAGGGAGAACAGGGACCCCCAGGACGACCUGGCUUCCCAGGACAGAAUGGCCAGAACGGGCAACCAGGAGAAAGAGGUCAACCAGGAGAGAAGGGUGAGAAGGGAUCUCCAGGAGUUGGUGUUCAAGGACCCCGAGGACCCCCAGGACCUCCCGGUGCCCAAGGACAAGGCCGACCUGGCAGCCAGGGUCCUACAGGUCGACCUGGGAAUCCUGGAGCUCCUGGUCGGCCUGGAGUCCCUGGACCCGUUGGCCCCACCGGACCUCCAGGAUACUGCGACCAGAACUCCUGUGUGGGCUACAAUGUCGGAGCUGCCACAGGCUGCAUGUCAGUGGAGUCAUCAAUCGACGCUCACUGUAUUUGAAGGUCAAAUACGGAACACCUUGAAAUACAAAGUUAAGAUUCAGAAUUCAUCUUCACUUCCAGCUGUCUGUGUGUGUGUGCGUGCCUAUGUGUGUUCAGGUUGCAUCACUGAAACACUAGAAAAUUAAUCUUCAAAGUGUGUGAUUCUGAUUUCGAAUAUCGAGAGAUGCCCUGAGCUCGUUGUUGUGGAUAGCAUGCGAUGGGGAACAUCCAACCAAACAACACGUUGCCUGAAUGAAACAUGAACUCUGAGGUAAAUUAGCUUCACUGCUGAUUUUUCACUCAGAGUUGCUUCGAUGCAUCCAACUUAAAGGCUCACUUCACCCACAAACAUUAAAACAGAGGCUGUUUACAGGAAAAGACAUGAGUUUAGCAGUUUAACGUCCAGUGAAAUUUAAAAAAAAAAAGUAGCUUCACAACAUGUGCAAAAAUGAACACUUUUAAACAGUUUGUAACUGUAAUUCUCUAAAAAUUUUGCUGUUAUUUUACACAUUUUGCUUGUUUUGUUAAAUUACAGAUAUAACUAGAAAAGCACUGAGAGAGUGCAGUACUCCGCCAAGGCUGCUCAGUUUACGUAUCAUUUUCGACGGAUAAAAUCUUUAUUAAAAUAUGACCUCGUGCUGAGCACAGGCAUGUGUUAUGCAUGUGUAUGUUACAGUCCCUGACAAAAGUCUUGUCACUUAUCCAAGUUGUAGGAACAACAACGAACAACUUGACUUGUAGUUGAUCAAUUAGAAUCAGAAAUGGCUCAUAUUAAUGGCUAAGCCCCCUAGAUUAUAUUUAUUAUAUCAAAAUAAAGUUUUGUAUCAUUCAUUGAGUUUUGUCAUUUAAUUAGGACAGAAAGGUCAGAUUUUGCUUGGACAAAAGUCUUGUCACAUACAAAAAUAAUGUAGAAAUUAUACAUAUACUUUAUUCUGAAUACACAAAUAUGCUACAAAAACAUCAGAACAUAAAGUCAUGAUGCCUUUCAAAAAAAGAAUUAAUAUCGUGUUUGACUUCCAGAGCUUGGAGAACUGCAUCCAUACAUCUCACCAAUGACUCAAAUAACUUAUUGAUAAAGUCAGCUGGAAUGGCAAAGAAAGCAGUCUUGCAGGACUCCCAAAGUUCAUCAGGAUUCUUUGGUUUCAUCUUCCAAGCCUCCUUCUUCAUCUUACCCCAAACAUGCUCAAUAAUGUUCAUGUUUGGUGACUGGGCUGGCCAGUCCUGGAGCACCUUGACCUUCUUUGCUUCAGGAACUUCGAUGUGGAGGCUGAAGUAUGAGAAGGAGCGCCAUCUUGCUGCAGAAUUUGCCCUCUCUUGUAGUUUGGAAUGUAAUGGGCAGCAAGAAUUUCUUGAUUUUUCAGGCUGUUGAUGUUGCUAUCCACGCUGCAGAUCUCUUGUACACCCUCAUACUGGAUGUAACCCCAAACCAUGAUUUUUCCUAGACCAAACUUGACUGUUUUCUUGGUAAAUCUUGGGUCCAUGUGGGUUCAAACAGGUCUUCUGCAGUAUUUGCGUCGAUUGCGAUGCAGUUCCAUGGAUGAUUCAUCAGAAAAAUCAACCUUCUGCCACUUUUCCAUUGUCCAUGCUUUCUGCAAGCUGUGGGCCUUGGCAAAUGCAACACAAUAUUUUUGUUGUCUUCUGUUUAAUGCUGGUCUAUGAGCACUAAUUUGGCCAUGGAGACCACCAUGUGAGAGAAUUUGACUAAGUGUUCCAGUAGAUACAGGGGAUUCUGGUGACCAGUUCACAUACAAUCAUAAGGAUUGAAAAUGGUCAUUUUAAAACUGUUCUUUGACAAAUUUUUCUGUUUUGUUAAAAUACAGUUAUCUUGUACAUGCACAGAAUUUAUAAUAUUAAUUUGUAUGUUUACUUAAAAAAAAAAAAUACUGUGCAUAAAGUCCACAUCAAAAAUCAGCAUUUUUACAAAUUCACUGUUUUACAGUGAGUGAAUGUAAAAUUACAGUGCUUUACUGUAUGUAAAAGAGCAGAAAAGAUCAUUAUUUUACCAAUAUUUUCUGUGAUUUUCACCAUUUUUUUAACAUACAGCAAGACUGCCAUAUUUUCUUUGUUACAUUAGUUAAUAAGCAUAAUUAUGCAGCAUUCUGCUCUAAAUGUUCAGAAAGUGUAAUCGGUGGUUGUGAUUUUUAUUCCCUUCAUUGCAGAGAGCCACAUGGUUGGCCACAGUAAUGAAGUGACUCUAGUAAAGCUGUUUUUAAUACCGUAUUUUAGGCUCUGAAGCGUCAAUCGAUUGUAAAUAUUGAAAGCUGCUGAGGGGUGUUGCUCAGCAAUUCAAGAAAAAAUAAAGCUUCAGCAUUUUUCAGCCAGCCCGAGUUUCAUUUGUUUGUAGACAUAACAGACAUUUAUGUUCAUCAAAUGGUCCGAAAUUAUAAGAAAAUGCAAAUAUUUAUGUCAAAAAAGACAAAAUAGACUCACUGUCUUUACUUCAGCAAACAGAUCAUUCUCACUCAAACAGCCCAUUCUGAACCAGAAUAAAACCCCUGCCACCUCAAAACGGCAGUCAGAUGUGGUUUUCUAUGAUCUGAGAGCUUAGCUGGUUGCCCAGAAUCACAUCUGAUUGUAUUAUUUUAUGUGUACAAGAGCAGAAUUAAUCACCAAGUAAUAUUAAAUAAAUCUGGCAUUGUAUCAAAAGAUGACAAGACGGUUUACACAUAGACAAAAGAUUAAAACCUGCAAAAUAUAUCCUCUUUAUUUCACUGGGGCGCUCGGAUGUGUUGAGCAGAUUAGAUUACAUUUCCCUCCACUGCCGGAAUGGAGGAAAAAAGAUCUCAAACACAAUUACCUGAAAACCUCAGCUAAUACAAUAUGAGAUGAGAAAAAAAAAACGGGUGAAUCAGUCAUUUAAGUGCUGCCUGCCUUCACAAUGGUUCCCUGCACACAUCAGUAACCAAAUCACAGCUGAACUCUUUAUCUUAACUUGUUUGAGCCGGUGUUAAAUCACUCAUUGUGGAGAGUGUGGGAUUAAUCACAGAAUGCAAAGAUGCUCCUUGGAGAGUUUUCUGAUACAUAUAUCACUAAUUAAAUACACUGCUUGGCAUAAAUGCUACAAAUUGUUUUGCGAAAAUCUCAUGAAACUUGCAGGUGAUGAAUUGAUGCUGCAGGCUGCUGUUGCGUGCUAAUUUGCUCGUCGAGCAUUCAGAUGCUUCAGUCAGUGUUUUCUCUGCCUUUUACAGGCAAAGAUUCAUGGGAAAUUAUAGCCUAACAGCCUUACAGAUAUUGCAGCAGAAUUCACCACAUGCAUCCAGAGCAUUAAAGCUCGUGUCCGGAGUUUGAAUCGCAGCGUCUCCCAAAACACUGUUGGUCCCACCCUCCCUCUGAUUUCGGCCCUUUAUUUGUGGACGCGCGCAGUACAUGAGAGGAGUGCCCGGAGUGCUGCAGCAUCUUGCCUGUUUUGCUGUUUUCCACUCUAUUACAUUUAGUACAUUUAGUAAAUAAUAAAGGAAUUACGUUAGAAUUCUGUAUUGAGUCUAACUUGUCCUAAUACCAAAAUAACAUGAAUCUGCUAGGACGAACGAGUAAAGUUUCAGUAUGUGAUUACACUCGUGUAUCCCUCUCGAUGACGUUGUUUAUCAAACUUAGUGCAUUUACACGUGUAUAUGUGUUACAUUGUUUAUUUAUUUCUAUCUAGAGUUCAGAAUUGCAUGACUCCUCUGACGAAGAGUAUGUCCCAGACGCCCCAACAUCUUCCUCCAGAGGUCGGGCAUCUAAACGAAGCCGUCAGGCGGGCUAUGGAGGCCGUGGUCGGGGAGCGAUGCGAGCACCCCGAGCCAAAAAACGUCCU